UGAGCCGGACUUCAAAGCGUUUUGAUUUACAAAAUUCGAAGCUUGCUUUAUUUCUUUGCAAUAGUAGAAUUAAUACUCGAGAUUGUGGCAAUUAAGAUGCACUUUUAUUUGGUGUUCGCAGUAGCAGUCUUAGAAGUGGUGUACAGAAGUGAGGGUGCUCUGAAUCUUGAUGAGAACUGGCAGUCACUUUUGUUUACGAUUCCAGACCGGAAAGCGCCAGCAAGAUCUGUCAACUAUCUCUGCUCCCAAUUUAGCUCGCAUUACUGUUACAUGGGUGUGGUGUUCGCCAAAAUGCAGAGUGCAAGAUUUCCACACGAGGAAGAUUUCUAUGAUUUCUGGGAGUUGAUUCACCCACUUUACAACGAGAUCAAUUGGUUUUCUCUAUCCAUCGUUUACACCUUUGAAAUGGGAUCCUGCUGCAACUAUCAGUCAACCAUUUACAAAAUGUAUGGCCAAGCUAAAGGCCUCUCGCCCGAACACUUUUUCCAGAAGGCAACUAACUUUGGCAGUGCUGGAAAACAACUCAACUCAAUAAAGGCCGUCUUCAAUAGCGAAUUAUGCAUAAAUGAAAUCACAAUGGUCGGAUUUGGGCAGGGCUUUCUGAAAUUUGUUGGAGGCGUGCCAGAUAAUGUAUUUGUCCUUCGUUCCAGCAAAGAUAAUGCAGUACAUGCAUUUGAACACAGCACUAUUCGGGCUCAUCUGACAUUUGACUGGUUCAAACUGAAUGUUAUAUGUGAAGAUCAGCCGUGGAUUUGUGUGCAAUUCCCGCCUCUUGAUAGCUAAAACGAAACUAAAUUCUGUGAACAAUUGUAAGGAAUCGGUUUAUAAAGAAACUUCUUUAUCGGCUCUUAAUUAUCCAGACAAAGCGAAUAAACUUUGUGACAUCA